CUCUGCGGCGGGUUCUGAAGCAGGUCGGAGUUCAUCGGAGAUGGGGAGCAUGGAGAGUUUAAUAGCUGUCUAUCCAGUAUGGUAAAAGGAUAUUAAGCAGUUGGCCAUGGCGAUGGAGGAAAAUUAUGAUGAUGCAGAAAUUGAAGAAGAAAUAGAACUUGAACUAAGCCAAAUCAGCUUCUCUUCCUUUGAAACAGAUGAUCCUAACAGUGAUGUAUCCCUAGAAGCUUCAAGUGAUAGUGAACCAAUUUCAGAUGAAUUACCAGAAUCAGUUCACCAUUAUUUAGAUUUUGUGAGAGGCAGAAGUCAAAAUGCAGAAAGACUUAUCCUGCAAGAUUUAGAGAAUGGUGGAAUAUCAGAUGAUAUUUACAAUGUUGUUCCUAAAAAUGCUUCAGAACACUUGGCUGUAUUGGCUUCUGAAUAUAACGAAGAUCCAGAAGAAUUAAAGAGAAGGGUGUUAUCUGAAAUAGAUGAAGAAGAGGAACAGAUAAGUGAGGCUCCUGACAAUACCAUUGAGCCAAACAACAGUGCAAGUGUUUCUUCCAGUGAACCUACUGGUGGAGAUGAUGACGACGUGGUCAUAACCCUUACUUUUCAAGAAGUUGAAGAAAGAUGCAAGCAAGAAUAUCAACAUUGGGUAGAAAAGCAAAAAGAUCUUGAAUAUGAAACAAUAAAGUACCUGAAAGCUCAGAGAGAGAUAGAAGCAGAAAAAAGGAAGGAGGAAGAGAAAAGGAGAGAACUGCGUCAGGAAGAAUUGGAAGCUGAACGAAUAAAGUUAGAAAAAUUUCAUGAGCAACAACAGGCUAAGAUGGAAGAAGAGCUGCUAAAAGAGGAAGAGGUUUGGAAAGAACAGCUGAGAGGGCACAAGGAAUUGAUUAGCAACUUGCACAUCCAGAUAGAAGAAGAAAAAAGGAUGUUUGAAGAAAAGCAAGCAAUAGAAAGACAGUGGUUGGCAGAACAGCAGACUAUAGCAGCUGUAAAAAUCCAAGCUACAUUUAGAGCAUUCAUGGUAUACAAAAAGUAUGCUCCCAUGAUGAAACAAUGGAGGGCAGAGUUGGACAGGAAAAGAGAAUUGAAAGAAGCGAUGGAAAGGGAAAUGAAAGAAAAACAGGAAAGAUGGAGAAAGAGGGCUCUAGAGAAAAAGGAACAAGAAGAGAAAGAAAGAAGGCAACGGGAAGAGAAAAAGAGGGAAGAACAUGAGGAAAAAAUGAAGAGACGUGAAGUGUAUGAAAAAAAGAAAGAGCUUAUGAGACUUCACCGGGAACAACUAAAGUUAGGAGAACUCAACCAAGAAGAAAAAGGCAAAAUAAAAUUAGAUACUGAAGAGAAAACAGAGUUCCGAAAUAUGGCUAAAGAAAUACAGAUACCCAGGAAAGAACAAGGAAUAAAAAAUAUAAAAGAAAAUGAAACUGAAAAAAUAGAAAAAAAAGUUGAUUGUGAACAUAAGGAUGAAGAUACAAGAAAGACAAACAAAGAGAAAACCAUGAAAAGGUUUGAAGAACUAAACAAAGUUAACCCUGCCAGAACACAAAGGGGAGUGGAUUCUCAAAAUACAGAUGGAAUGUUAGGUAAAGGAAAUAAGGAUAAAGAAAUAAAAACGGUGAAAGAACAAGAAGCUGAUAAAAGAGAACUAAAUAUAGAAAAAGAAGAAAUACAUCAGAAAAUGGAUUGUGAGCAUAAAGAAGACACAGAAAAGACAAACGAAGAGAAAGCCAUGGAAAAGGAAGAACUACAGGAAGUAAACCAUUUCAGAACCCAAAAGGGAGUAGAUUCUCAAAAUACAGGUCAAAUGUCAGGAAAACAAAAUAAGGAAAAAGAAAUUAAAAAGGUGGAAGAAGAAGAACAUGAAUAUAAUGGACUAAAUAUAGAAAAAGAACAGAAAAAUCAAACAGAAGAAAUAAAGUAUGAGGAAGUGAAACAAGCUGAAAAACAUGGAAUGCAUGGGACAUUACAGUGUGACAGUGGAGUAAGUGAAAAUGGAGAACAGAAAUCUGGAAAGGAAGAAAAUCUUAAUGAGAGAAAUAGUAAAAAAUCAGUAGAGAAUGAUCUAAAAUUCCAUGUGGCAACUCUCGGAUGUCAGAAAAAUAGUAAAACAGAUGCUUUCAAUUUAGAAAUUGAUGCAGAAGUUAAUCUGGAGAUCAGCUUCCAUAUGAAUGAUAUUAAUAGCAAUAUUCAGCUUGAUUCUGGAGACUCAGGAAAGAUAUUCAGACCUUAUACCUCUGAAAAUGUUAAAGCACACCUUGCUGAAAAAGUUCAUGAGGAAGCCCCUAAUCAUUGGGUCAAAGGUGAGAAUUCUGUCAAAACACUUGAGCAAACACUCCUGCUUUCUGAUUCAAUUGAAAAAAAGAGAUUAGCAUGGAUGAAAACAUGUAAAUCCUGGUCUAGAAUUUACAGCGAACAUCAGAGGAAAAAAACAACUGAAAGGAGCAAGCAACGGAAAUGCUCAACAGGCCUGAUGCCUCCAUUGAGUGCUGCCAUGAUAAUUCAAGCUAGCCCUUCAAAUGCUCUACAACAGGUGACUACAAUUACUUUUCAAGAUUUGCCAGGAUGCAGCCUCUCUACACUGUCACAGUGUUCAAAGCUUCAGUUCUUGAGUCUUAGGUGCUGUGGAUUACUUGCUUUGGAAGGACUCAGCAACUGCAAAGAUCUAAAGUAUAUCAACGUAGAGGAGAACAAUAUUCACAUGAUUAAUUGUGAGAAUCUAGAAAAUCUGUGCAUUCUGAUUUUGAACAAGAAUAAUAUUUCAUCACUUCAUGGAUUGUACGGUUGUUGUAAUCUCCAGAAUCUUGAACUUUCCUACAAUAAAAUUACUCGAAUUGGUGGCUUGGAGUCAUUAAAAAACCUCCAGCGACUGGUCAUGGAUCACAAUCAAUUGAUCAACACCAAAGGUCUUUCUGAUGUUCCUACUCUAAUAUAUAUAGAUUGUUCCUUUAAUCAUCUUACUCAUAUUGAAGGCAUUGAAAACUGUGGCCUUCUCCAGAUUCUGAAGUUACAUGGGAAUAACCUCAAUGAGUUCCCCAGCCUGGAAAAUCAUGUUUUGUUAAGAGAAUUAUACUUAGAAGACAAUAGCAUUUCAACACUGGAAAAACUUUCUCUAUAUUGGCUGCCUUUGCUACGCAUACUUUUCCUCUCAAAAAACAGUUUGCUCCAACUUGCACCUCUUUUUUCAUGUGUGUCUUUGGAAAAGUUAGAUAUCAGCAACAACUGCUUAUUAGAACUUAAGAGUGUAAUUCAGUGGCUUAAUGGUUGUAAUGGUCUGAGAGAAUUAUCCUUAUAUGGAAAUCCAAUGCUUCAAGAAGAGAAUUGGAGGUGUACCUUACUGAAAAGUCUGCCAAGUUUGAAAAUACUUAAUGAUGAAAAUGUAAUUUCUGAUGCAGAAAUCCCAAGUGAAGAAACUGUAAAAAGAAUAGCCCUAGGAAGUUUUGCAUCAUUUUGUCAGACACAGAUUCAAGAAAUUGAUUUAAUCAGUAACAAAGCAACAAUGAGAUUAAUCAAUGGAUUCUCAGAAGAUGAUGUUCAGCGCCAGUGCUGGUAUUUUAAGAAGCUGAUGACACUUAGUAGUGAACACCGCUAUGCACAUGAGUAUGGAGUACUAAAUACAACUAAAGGAGAGGAAGUAGAAAAACAGACAAAUCAUUUGAACCAAGAAGUCAUUAACACUACAGAGAAAAACAAUUCCUUUAUUACUGGUGUAAAAGAAAAUAUGCAGGACUUACUGAGUACUCCUGAAAGAUGGAUUACUUCUGGCAAUGCUCAGUCUAUGUCUGUUAACUCCUUCAUGACAGUGCCUACAAUGAGAAAGAUGCAAGAAUGCCAGCAAAAGAAGAAAAUGAUUCAAUGCAUCCUUGAUCACACUAAAAAAAACAAAGAGAACAAUGCAUUAUUCAGUCUUAAGGAAAAUGAAUUCAGUGAGCAAGUUGCAGCAAGUAACAGAGGAAAUUACUUUCAACAUUUUGACAAAAACUUGGCAGCUACAGUUAUCCAAUCAUACUGGCGUGGCUAUACGGUUCAUAAAGCAAUCCAUUACUAUAGAAGGCUACAUCUGGCAGCAACUGUUAUCCAGUCUUUUUGGCGCAGCUACAUGGACAGAAAAAAAAUUGCCAGUGGCAACAAAGAAAGUCAUCAUUUCAUGAGCAAGAAUAAAGCUGCUAUUAUACUUCAGGCACUCUGGAAAGGUUUCCGUUUACGAAAGAAGCUCGCUAGUGCUCUGGCAGCUGUUAAAAGUGAUGAAGCAGAGGAAGACUAUAAAGAAAUCAAUGUAAAUGAUUUCAUAUUUGAUGAAACUGUCAUAGAGGAAGAAUGGCCAGCUUUGGAGUCUACCCACUUCCUUUCACAAACACCACUAUCCUCAGACCAAAAGCAUAAUGAAACUGCAAGAUGUGAAAACAAGCCACAUCACUUAACACACUUUCCUCAUAAUACCUGGCAGGUUGGGGAAAAAACAAAAUCCUUCUUGCUGGAAAACAGUCAGAUUAGUAAGAGGUCAGAGAAGAAUGCUCCUUCACAGUUCUCCACUUUGAGACCCCUCAAAAAGUCAGUGUCAAGAAUGGAAAAAGAAGAAGAAAUUUCAGAAGAAUGGGGUUUUAAAGACAUAUCCACAGCUCAGCUGAUGCUAAGGAGAGCACAUAAAAUGAAAGCAAAGAAAUCUAGCUGUAGAAAUCUUGACCCAGCUGUGCGCCUGGCGUUGUUCAAAAACAAUGAAAAUAAACAUCCCCCUGUGAAACCACCAAAGAAGGCACAGACUGCAAAAACUGGUUACUUUGAAGGUAAAGAAGGAGAUUAUUCUCACACUGAUACAUCAGCAGAAAACCUGGAAAGAAGCAGAGAACGUACAUACCAAUGGCUUCAUACACAGGUUUGGGAUUAUGAAGGACCUAGUCCCCAAAAUGAAAAACGCAAGCAUUUCUUACCUGAGAUAGAUCCGGAAAUUCUCAAAGGAGGUCGAGUUCAACUUGUGACAAGCCCCGUAAGAAGAGAAGACACGGAUUUAGAACUUGUUUCCAUGACCAGCGCAAGUACUUUGACUCAGAACAGAGAAAAAAAUAAUCAACCACACAGACACUCUGCAGAAUCUUCAAGAAAGGAUGCACCUGCACCUGAGAGAUCACAUUUGGGCCCUUCACAUAAAGAGCGGAUAUCAUUUCGAGACCAUCCAGUUCGGCUCAGCAGUGGAUGGGGAAGUGGCAAAAAGAAAGCAAAAGCUUUGAAAUAGUCGUUGGAUCUUCGGCAUUUAAAACAUAUGGGGGUCUGUUUCUUCUCAGGGGGGCCAGUGAAUUUCAAUCCUUUUUGGAUUCAACAGAUGCAACGUUUCUAAGAACCAUGGAUCCUCUAUUUGAUUUUACUCUGCAUGUCUUUUCGGUUUUGGAAAAAAAAAUUCUAUAAAUGUCAGAAAAAUAAUAUAUUGCUUCCAUUUGUAAUUUAUUUUUCCAGCAUAGCUCAAGAUGAAAACAAAUUUCCAUAAAUAUUAAAAGGUGAUUUGUAGAACCAGACUAACAUAUUUGGAUAUAAUAAUGGCUUAUGAUUGCUUACUGAUUUGUGAUUGAAGUGACCUGAUCCACAGUUGAACUAAACGGCUUGUGCUUAAGUUCAUUUCCUAUUCAAUCCACACUACAAUCACAGAGAGAGAAAAUCAAAUUGGCUUGACUGCUUUAGUUAGCUACUUUAUAGACUGGAUUAUAUAACUUUUAGAAGCAAAAGGUGGAAUGUUCCUCUUUCUCCAAAUAUUUGAAUUAUGUGAAUAUAUUUCAUGUAAAAAUUCUUCAAAUUGUACUUAGCACUAAGGAUGGAUGAGUGCAUGCUCACAGUACAAUAAAAUUCAGUUUUGACAAUUCAAAUCCAUUUCAUAAUGCUAAUUUAUGUUUUUCAUUCUGGGAUAUUAUAUCCAUCUUCCUAUAAUCUGCUCCUCUCGUUUGCAGAAUUAAAGUACAGAUGUUAAACAUUGUGGAGUGGCUCUAUCCUUACCAAAUACUGUAUCAUUAAGAAUCUACAUUUUUUAGUUUUCCGUUGGGUUUACCAUUUUCAUGCCACAGUCUCAUGUGCAUUGCAUUAACAAAUAUAUGCCAUCCUAACUGAAGCAGUUGUUUUGGUUAGCAUGGUACAAAUUAU